UAAAAUGCUCUCUUAGCUCUCUCUGUAUGCCGUGUCUGGGAUCCCCCACCAGAAGAAGACCAACUCUUUUGGCUCUCUUUCAAAAGGAAUUCUUCUUUAAAAAAUAGAAAAAUACUUGCCUUUUGGCUUGUUAGAAAUGAAGAAAGCUGAAGCUCUCAUCUUCUUGCCUUCCAUCCUCCUUGUUCUCCUUCUGUCUUGGAGUCCCGUAGUUGUAUCUCAAGAAGUUGAGGAUGAGAAGGAGUUCAGCUAUGAGGAAGGAAGCCCCAAUGGGCCGGAUCACUGGGGAGAGAUACACAAGGAGUGGGCUGCGUGUAACAAUGGAGACAUGCAGUCGCCAAUUGAUCUGACCCAUGAAAGGGUGAAGAUUUUCCCUGGAUUGGGGAGGCUCAAGAGGAGCUACAAGGCCUCAAACGCAACGCUUAAGAAUCGCGGCCAUGACAUAAUGUUGAAAUGGGCGGAAGGAGGAGGGUGGAUUCGCAUCAAUGGAACAGAGUACCAGCUUAUGCAAUGCCAUUGGCACUCUCCGUCGGAACACAGCAUUAAUGGCAAGAGAUAUGACCUUGAGAUUCACAUGGUUCACCAAAGCUCUGACCAAAAAAAUGCUGUCGUGGGCAUCAUGUAUAAAAUUGGACGGCCAGACACAUUUCUUUCAGAACUAAUGGAACACAUUAAAGAAAUUGCCGACGCCGAAGAAAAGGAGACAAACGUAGGCAUGGUCGAUCCAAGGCACAUAAAGAUAGGAAGUAGGAAGUAUUAUAGAUACAUGGGAUCUCUGACAACCCCACCUUGCACUCAAGGUGUUGUAUGGACUAUUACUAAGAAGGUCAGAACUGUUUCAAGAGAACAAGUGAGGUUGCUAAGGGAGGCUGUGCACGAUAAUGCAGAGAACAAUGCGAGGCCAAUCCAACCAAUCAAUGAACGCGAGAUCCAGUUUUAUACUCCAAAGAUUCAUGAAGGGGAUCAACGUUUUCCGCAUUAAUCAAAUGAUCUAGUGAAUGCCCCAUUUGUUUCUCUAAUGUCUUGUAUGUCUUUUAGCUAGUUGCUAAUAAAUAAAGUUAUUCAUUUUGAGAGAAGAUAAUAUUAAUUUGUUAUUUACUAUUUAACCUCAUGGGAAGAGGUAAAGUUGUUUGAAGAAAGAAUACCCUUGAAGUUCAUGUGAAUUAUCAAAUAAACAAUAUGAUGUCUUCUAUGUCAUUGCAAAAAUUAUCCUCUAAA